GGGUCACAAAGAGUUGGAUGCGACUGAACAUAUGGUUAACCUGGCACUGUUUUAUCAAGCUCUGGAUAACCAGGAGCCAUCAUUAUUGAUUUUAUUGUUGUAGCUGUUGACCAUUAUAAUCUCAGUUCCUGUUCCUUUAACGCUGACAUUCUUAACUUGCCCCUCCCUGGCACUGCUUCUCCCUGCCAGCUCCCUCAUCCCCAUCCUGGUGGGCCUUUGAAUGGGAAGAGGCGUAAUUUUCAAGGGGAUCCGGGGCCAGAGGGCGGGGCUUCUUCCUCCUUCCGCGCCUUGGGGAAAACCCCAGGGUUCCGGGGACUGCUGGACUUCGGUUUUCUCCGUGCUGGGAGGAGGAGGAAAGUAAAGCCUGGGGGAGAGGGCUGAGGCAGGUGCAGCCAAAGUUCCUCCCGUGCCACCCUCGCUGUCUGUCCCGGGAGCCACUGUCACCGAAGUGCCUGUGGGCCGGCAGCUGGGCAGAGGGGAAAAGAGAGCUGGAGAGGCUGCAGGCGGGUGAGGACGGGGACUGCGUGUGGAAGCCGGGAAGACAGCUUGGCGCUCUGAAGUCAGGUGUCAGGCCCCAUGGAGUCCGCUGACCUACGGGGCCGCCGCUGGGCAGGAAUCCUGCUCUCAGCCUCACUUUUGACCGUGUGGAGCUUGGCAGCUGCAGCCCAGAUCUCCCGUGAUGCCUUCACCCUAAAAACUCUGGCCAAGCCCACCAUUUCAGUUAGCCAGGGCACAGUCAUAGAGCACAGGGAAAAUGUGACCUUCUGCUGUGACACUCCGGACAUCAACAUCACCAUCCGCUGGGUCUCCAACCACCAGCCCCUGCCAUCCCAUGAGCGCAUACAGCUGUCCACAGAUGGCAAGAACCUCACCAUCCUCACUGUCCAGCGGCAGGAUGCUGGGGAGUACCAAUGUGAAGCUUGGGAUCUGGGACUCCUCCUGGUCAAGAGCAGUGACCCCACCUACCUGACUGUGUAUUAUGGCCCUGACCUGGUCACGAUCAAGUGGGAGCCUGGUGUAGCCAACGGGAAUGUGGUUGAGGUGAUGGAGGGCUCCAAUGUGACCUUCUUGGCAGAAACUGAGUCUUACCCACCAGCUUUAUAUUCUUGGUAUUUCGCCAGUGAAUCCAAGCCCAUCCCAAGCUUGUUCCUCAACACGAGCAGUGGUACCAUCCAUGCCGUGUCCAAAGAACACAAGGGCACCUACAGCUGCUUGGCGUCCAACAUUGCCACCCAACUGACCCUCCUGGGCACUGUCAAAGUCCGCGUCCUCGAAACACUGACCAAGCCUUACGUCAUACCCCCAAACCGGACUCUCGUGGAGGACACCAAGUUGGUGGUCCUGACCUGCCAGACCCCCCAUGAGGGAGUUGGAGUCCACUGGUUCCUGGGGGACCAGCUUCUCCUGCCCAGCGAGCACCUGAUGCCUAUAAACAACACCCUGGUCAUCCUCGGCCUUCGGCGGAACGACACUGGGCCCUAUGCGUGUGAGGUCUGGAACUGGGGCAGCCGGGCGCGGAGUGAAGCCCUGAAGUUGAACAUCAGCUACGGCCCCGAUCGAGUGUACUUCACCAGCGGGUCAGAGACCCUGGCGGACAACACCAUCAGUGCGGAGCUCAACUCCACCCUGAUCCUGCAGUGUUCGGCUGAAUCCCAGCCGGACGCUGAGUUUAAUUGGACCCAUGACAAAACCAGUGUGUGCCAGGGGGAGCAACUGCUCAUCGAGGCCCUGACUUGGAAACACCAAGGGAAUUACAGCUGCACAGCUUCUAACCCUGCCACACUGCUGACCUGCUCUGCCUCAGUCAUGGUCCGCGUCAUAGGUCACCAGUCAUCCCUGUCUGCAGGGGCCAUCGCUGGCAUUACUGUCGGGAUCCUGGCUGUCAUUGCCCUGGCCAUAGGGCUGGGCUGCUUCCUGCACACUGGAAAUACCAACAGGCUCUCAAGGAGAACAACAGAGGAUACUGUCUAUGAGAACAUGACACCCACUUCUGAAGAGGGUCACCCUGAAGAGCUUGGUCGCAACUUGCCCAUGCCUGUGUAUGCCAAUGUACCCGCCACUCAAGGACAGAUCCCAGUCAAAAAGAUGCUGCCAGUAGACCCUCCGGAGCAAUUAUAUGAGCAGGAAUCACCUUCCACCAUCCUCGGCGGGUAUUCUCAUGGCCCCAGGAAGCCAUCCUCCAAACUUGCAUUGCAUCCCUUGGUCCCAACUCUACAAAAAGAAAAUGCAGAGUCAAACUAUGAGCUCAGGAUCUCAGGCCCCUGCCUGUGCCUGGAGGAGAGCAUGGAAAAGCAGGAUGAGAAGCCCCAGGGGCCCCUGAAGGCCUGCUUGCAGGAGGGAGUGAACUUCAAAAUAGUGACUGUGGACUUCACUCAGGAAGAAGAAGGCACUUUGAGCUCUGCUCAGAGGACCCUGGACAGAGAUGUGAUCCUGGAAAACCACAGGGACUCUUGGGACUCGGCAACUGCACUUGGAAGAAGAGAAUCGAGAUUGAAGCAGAGCAUUUUUGACGACAAACUAUCCCCUAGCGUGAAGAUAGAAAAGUUGACAAGAGAUGAUCCUUGGUUAUCUUCAUGUGAAGAAUUUCAGGAUUGUAAGGAGCUGUUGGAGAAGCAGCAGGAGAAACGAGAGAGACUUUUGAAGGAAGUGACAUUUACUCACAGGAAAACCAUUACUCAUGAGAGACACUGCAAAAAUGAUAGCCCUGAGGAGAAGGCUGGUCUGAAUUCCAGUCUUCUUUCAUCACAGAUGAUACCCAUAAGAAACCAUUUUCAUAAACAUGCUUCACAUGUUAAAAGAUUACAUUAUAAUUCUAUGGUAAACACUCAUCAGAUGAUUACUAAUAGUGAGAAACUCUGUGAACAUAAUGAAUUUGGAAACCUCCCCCAGAGUAUUCAUUUUUUUCAGUUUACAAGAACUCAAACAGAAGAGAAAUCCUAUGGAUUUAGUGGCAGUAUUCAACCUUUUAACCAUGGUACACCCUUAAACAUACACGAGAAAAUACAUGCACAAGGAAGAUCCUUUGAUUUUAAGGAAUGUGGGCAAGUUUUGAACCACAGCAUAUCCCAUAACGAACAACAGAGAAACUCCAUUGGAGAGAGUCAGUAUAAAUGUCGUAAGACCUCCCAAAGUUCAUCCCUUGCUCAAAACGUGAGAAAUCAUUCUGAAGAGAAGCCCUUUGAAUGUAAUCAGUGUGGGAAAUCCUUCAAUUGGAGCUCUCAUCUUGUCGCACAUCAGAGAACUCACACAGGGGAGAAACCUUAUGAAUGUAACGAAUGUGGGAAAUCAUUCAGCCGCAGCUCUCACCUUGUUUCCCAUCAAAGAACUCAUACUGGAGAGAAACCAUAUAGAUGUAAUCAGUGUGGUAAAUCCUUUAGCCAGAGCUAUGUCCUUGUUGUGCAUCAGAGAACUCACACUGGAGAGAAGCCUUAUGAGUGCAAUCAGUGUGGAAAGUCAUUCAGACAGAGCUACAAACUUAUUGCACAUCAAAGAACUCAUACUGGAGAGAAGCCCUAUGAAUGUAAUCAAUGUGGGAAAUCAUUUAUCCAGAGCUAUAAGCUUAUUGCCCAUCAAAGAAUUCAUACUGGAGAAAAGCCCUAUGAAUGCAAUCAAUGUGGAAAGUCUUUUAGUCAGAGUUACAAACUGGUUGCCCACCAGAGAACUCACACAGGAGAAAAACCCUUUGAAUGUAAUCAGUGUGGAAAAUCCUUCAGCUGGAGCUCUCAACUUGUUGCACACCAAAGAACUCACACUGGAGAGAAACCCUACGAAUGUAAUGAGUGUGGGAAAUCUUUCAACCGCAGUUCUCACCUUGUUAUGCAUCAGAGAACUCAUACUGGAGAGAAACCCUAUGAAUGUAGUCAGUGUGGGAAGUCUUUCAGCCAGAGUUAUGUCCUUGUUGUACAUCAGAGAACUCACACUGGAGAAAAGCCCUAUGAGUGCAGUCAGUGUGGAAAAUCUUUCAGGCAGAGUUCAUGCCUUACUCAACAUCAGAGAACUCACACUGGAGAGAAACCCUAUGAAUGUAAUCAGUGUGGAAAAACAUUCAGCUUGAGUGCUCUACUUAUUGUACAUCAAAGAACUCAUACUGGAGAGAAACCCUUUACAUGUAAUCAGUGUGGGAAAGCUUUCAUUAAUAGUUCUAAACUUAUUAGACAUCAGGCAACUCAUACAGAAGAGAAACCCUAUGCGUGUAACUAGCUUGGAAAUCUUUCAGCAGAGUAUAUCCCUUCCUCUUUGCCUCCCUCUCUCCCUCACUCUUUCCCUUUCUCCCUUUAGCCCCUCAUUCCCUUGUUCCCUCCUUCCAUUCCUCCAGGAUUACAUGUAUUGGAAAGAACAAGCAUGAAAAUAGUGUGUGUGGAAAAAGAGCUUUCCGUUAGCUCUCUGUUCAGCUGUGUAUCUGAAAACUCUGUCUGGAGAAGAAAGAGAGAAAAAGUAUGAAUCAUGUAUUUUA